AUGUCUUCAAUCUCUCUCCUCCUUCGCCGAGCAUUUUCUUCAUCUUCGGCCAUAUCUUCUGUAACCAAAAUUUCUAAGGUCGUUUACAAAGAAGCUGAUGUCAAAAAGGUUGCAGAAGCCUUCAAAAAACACACCCAGAAUUCCAGUUUUCGUAAAAAAACCAACUUUUAUGAACACACUGUUCAACGAUUAGCCAAUACCAAGAGCUUCAGUUUGAUCGAAGAGAUACUUGAAGAUCAAAAGCAGUACAAAGAUAUUACUGAUGAAGGGUUUACUGUUCGUUUAAUUACUUUAUAUGGGAAAUCAGGCAUGUUUGAUCAUGCCCAUAAACUGUUCGACGAAAUGCCUGAACUAAGUUGUAAAAGAACUGUGUUAUCCUACAAUGCCCUCUUGGGGGCUUGUGUUAAUUCGAAGAAAUUUGAUAAGGUUGAUGGGUUUUUCCGUGAAUUACCUGGGAAGUUGUCAAUUAAGCCUGAUGUUGUGUCUUAUAAUACUGUGAUCAAGGCUUUUUGUGAGAUGGGUUCUUUGGAUUCCGCUCUUUUGUUGCUCGAUGAAAUGGAAAAAGAGGGAUUAAGGCCUGAUUUGAUCACUUUUAAUAUCUUGCUUGAUGCAGUCUACAGGAAAUUAAGGUUCUUGGAGGGUGAGAAACUGUGGAGUAUGAUGGAUAAGUAUAAUGUAGUUCCUGAUAUCAUAAGUUAUAAUUCGAGAUUACGAGGAUUGGUGUUAGAAGAAAAGAUGCAGGAUGCAGUGGACUUUGUUCAGGAAAUGUUGUCCAAGGGUUUGAAGCUUGAUGUUUACACUUAUAAUAUUUUGUUCAGUGGCUUCUGCAAGGAUGGGAAAUAUGCUUGUCGUAACAAAGAUUUCCGCUUUGGUUCUCGGUUGUGUAGAUUAUUGUAUUAUCGUCGUUGUCGAUUGAAUGAGAGAGGCUUGAUUCAGAAGGUUAUUGAUGGGUUAGUGAGGCAGUCCAACAUCAGUGAAGCAGAGAUAUUGGUGAAACUUGGAAAGGAUAGUAGAUAUUCUUGUUAUAACAGCCUUAAAAUGCCUAAGUUUGAUACUUAA